UGAUACCAUUCCAAAUUCGUCUGCCUAUCAACUAUCAAACUAACAAACAGGCCCUGGGCUUCACCAGAGCUUUCCCAUCACGACAAAUCAGCAUUGCCAUCGAUCACCAUCAUCAUACAUCAUUCGAGAAUAGCACACAAUCCGAUAACAUGCCAGAUUCCGCCAACGCUCCCAAGCCGAGCAGCAGCGUCAAGCUAGUGUUGCUGGGAGAAGCAGCGGUUGGAAAGUCCUCUCUAGUCUUGCGGUUCGUCAACAAUGACUUUCAAGAGAACAAGGAGCCAACUAUUGGGGCUGCCUUCCUCACACAAAAGUGCAAUCUCCCCACGCGGACCAUCAAGUUUGAGAUAUGGGAUACGGCAGGCCAGGAGCGCUUCGCGUCGCUCGCCCCCAUGUACUACCGCAACGCGCAAGCCGCCCUCGUCGUCUACGACCUAACCAAGCCCACCUCGCUCGUCAAGGCUAAGCACUGGGUCGCCGAGCUCCAGCGCCAAGCAUCCCCGGGCAUCGUCAUCGCUCUCGUAGGUAACAAGCUCGAUCUGACCAACGACAGCGGAUCGUCGGGUCCGAGCGAGUCGGCAGCGGCAGCAGCAGCCGAGGGUGGCGAGGAAGAGUCGGGCGAUGCGCGCAAGGUGUCGACGGAUGAGGCCAAGACAUACGCGGAAGAGGAGAGCCUGUUGUUCUUCGAGACGAGUGCGAAGACGGGUCAUAAUGUUACCGAGGUGUUCACGGCCAUCGCUAAUGCCAUUCCCGAGACGUCAUUGAAGAGCACGAGGGGCCCGGGUGCGGCCAAUGCCGUUAGCCGGGUUGGGGAUGAGCAACGGGUCAAUUUGACGGGCCCGCGCGAGGCGGUCAAGGAGGGAUGUGCUUGCUGAUAAGCGACGAGUGCGUGUGGCCGUGCUAGGUCGGUUGUCGACAUAGUGAACGGAAAGUUGUUUGCCGCUGCAUUUUUUAAACUUGUUCAUACGGAGUUGUUGGGUCUCCGUAAAUUGGGUUUUCGCGGGAAAAUUUUUGUUGCGCAUGAUUAUUUCCGUUGGUACAUGAUGGAUUUCAGCAACCAACAUACAGUUACUCGAGCGUGUUACCAGUGGAUGCCGAUGUAUUCGCAGGUAGAGGGAUGUCGUCCCGGGUGGCAGGUAGUCUUAGCUUACUUGAUCCAUGUAGCAAAUAAUUCAGAGUUCGACCAGUUUGUGUCAUUCA